UAACUGCUUCGUGUUCAGUUUUUCUUACAACGAAUCUAUUUGAUUUAUUCAUCGGUAAAAAGUAGAAAAUAUAAAUUUUAAUCAUAAAAGUGCUCAUGGAUUUUGAUAUAAUUCUAGAAUCGGCAAUCACUGAAUACACAAGAAUUGGCCAAAAAUACUUUGACAAAAAAAAAUUUUAUAUACCAUUCUUAUGAAAUAAAAAACAAGUGAUUCGUUAAUAACUUGGCGAUGAAUAUCAGCAAUUAAUGAAUGACCACACUUUAUCAUAAUGUAAAUUAAAGUAGAUUGAUAUUGAAGUGAAUUAUUCUAAUUUUGUAUUGGUGUUGAUUAUCUGACUAUCGAGCGUUACUCGAUAAUAAAAAAAAACGUGAUUUUUGAUGUUUUAUGCUACAUUUGAGUCUAAUUUUUGGACAUGAUACUAAGACAUGAAUAUAAAAGAAAACUACUUACGUCUGUUAUAUUAAUGAUUCUGACACACUUUCAGACACUUGCUGCACCAUUGUACCAAAUCAAGAUCUACCGUCAUCGCAAUCAACGAUUAGCCAAAAGUCAGAUAUUCCGAAUUUUGAAGCUGGACUUUUGCUGUCAGUAGAGACUCCAAAAAUCAAUAUCAUUAUUCCCGAACUUAUUGCUGCGUUAGAUCGUGCAAAUGUAAGUAGCAGAAAUGCUACUAAUUAUUAAUCUGAACUACUGUACUAUUCAUCGAAAGCGUAUACUUUUAAGAACGGAAAUAGCUAAGAAAUUGAAAAAAAAUUUGAAAUUAGACGAUAACUACGUUGUUCAUUGGGAUGUUCCAAAAAUAAACUCUGGAACUGGGAUAAAUCAAGCAUCAGCAGUUUACUCGACUCUCAAUGAUUAGGGUGUUAGUCGUUUUGUAAAAGCAAUGUGCUUUGAUACUGCACCUACUAACACAGGUAUCCAUCAUGGUGCUGGUGUCGAAUUAGAGAAAGCUUUAGGCCGUAAACUAAUUUGGUUGCCAUGUCGUCACCAUAUAUUUGAAAUCAUAUUAAAAAGUGUUUUUAAAGUAUAUUGAUCCACACAAUCAGAUCCAAAUGUGCAAUUCUUUAAUCGAUUUAAGGUUUCUUGGGAUACAAUUAACAAACUAAACCACAAAAGUGGUACAGAAGAUACUGUGGUUGCAAAUAUUUUGUUAGAUAAAACUCAUGAAAUAUUAGUUUUUAUAGAAGAUUAUAUGCAGAAAUAUCAUCCAAGGAGUAACUACCGUGAAUUAUUGGAACUCUCAUCAAUUUCUUUAGGAGCUACCCCAAAAAAAAAAGUUGUCUUUUAAACGCCCAGCAGCUAUGAGUCAUGCUCGUUGGAUGGCAAAUGCAAUUUAAUGUCUGAAAAUAUUUAUUUUUAGAGAAGAAUUCAAACUGAGUAGUCGUGAACUAAAUAGUCGUCGAGCGAAUAAAAAAUAUGUUGCCGAGCAAUAAGUUUGAAAUAUUCAAAUAAAUCAUUGAAUAUUUGGAGCAAAUUCAUGGAUACAUUAACUAAAUAAAGAGGAUUCAUUACUUUCAUUCUGAACGUAAAAAGUAAUAAGUUACAAAUUUAUAGCAAAUCUUCUUAACAGGACGAAUUGACAAGUUAUUGUGAACAUGGAAUUGUUAACAUGGUCAAUUUUAGCUUUUGUAACAGUGAUUUAUAAUUUAAAUCAAAGCCUAGGAUUUUACAAUAAAAAUGAUGUGAUACGCGGCGAAAGUGGAAUCAAAGUGGGUAUUCAUGAAAGAGGUAUACUAUUUAAAACUUUUGGAAUCGGUUCAAGCCGAGAAGGUUCUGGAAGAAGUUCAGGAGUACGAAUAGGUGAAUCUAAAAGUAAUAUUACCCGCUACAAAACGGCAGUUGUUACUCAAGCAUCGUAUACUACUGUUACUCCGUCUUACUAUACCCAUGCUCCUCAACUGUCAAUGUUUAACAACAGCAACCAAAACAUCACCUACUUGAAGGUAGGAAUGGUUGUGCCAUAUAAAUCUUUUGGAGUACGUGAAUAUACAAAAGCUGUUACAUCUGCAAUCAGUACUUUGCAGAGAAGCACAAGGGGGCCUCGACUAGAAAUGUUUCAGAGAUAUGAUAUCCAUGUACUUAUAACAAUGAAGGAACUCACGCCAAGCCCAACUGCAAUAUUGAAUUCUCUUUGUAGUGAGUUCUUAACGGUGAAUGUGUCAGCAAUACUCUAUCUCAUGAACUAUGAAAAAUAUGGGCGCAGUACUGCAAGUGCACAAUAUUUUCUUCAAUUAGCUGGUUACUUAGGAAUUCCAGUAAUCGCCUGGAAUGCUGAUAAUUCUGGGUUAGAGAGACGCACAUCACAAACCAGUUUGCAAUUACAACUAGCACCUUCACUUGAGCAUCAAACUGCUGCUAUGCUCAGUAUAUUAGAGCGAUACAAGUGGCAUCAAUUCAGUGUAGUCACAUCGCAGAUUGCGGGUCACGAUGACUUCAUCCAAGCAGUAAGGGAACGAAUUUCAGACUUGCAAGAAACGGUGAAAUUGACAAUCUUAAACGCUAUAUUAGUUACUGAAGCUAUAGAUUUGUUAGAACUCGUCAAAAGUGAAUCCAGAGUUAUGUUGCUUUAUGCUACUAGAGAAGAAGCUAUACAUAUAUUAAGUGCUGCGGCAGACCUUAAAAUAACUGGAGAAAAUUACGUCUGGAUAGUCAGCCAGAGCGUAAUUGAAAACCUUCAAACACCAAACCAAUUUCCUGUUGGAAUGCUCGGAGUUCAUUUCGACACAAGCAGUACCAGUCUAAUAAAUGAAAUAUCUACAGCUAUCAAAGUAUACGCAUAUGGAGUGGAAGACUUUGUGAAUGAUCCUUCUAAUUUGAAUCACAGUUUGAAUACUGCUCUGAGCUGUGAGAGCCUAGGGGAAUCUCGUUGGAGUACUGGUGACAGAUUUUUUCGAUAUUUACAAAAUGUUUCGGUUGAGGGUGACCAAGGAAAACCAAACAUAGAAUUCACACAGGAUGGUGUUUUAAAAGCCGCUGAGCUCAAAAUCAUGAACCUUAGACCUGGCAUCAGUAAACAGUUAAUUUGGGAAGAGAUUGGAGUAUGGAAAUCGUGGCAAAAAGGAGGACUUGAUAUAAAAGACAUAGUUUGGCCAGGCAAUUCUCAUACGCCUCCUCAUGGUGUUCCGGAAAAGUUUUAUCUAAGGAUCACAUUCUUAGAAGAGUCACCAUACAUCAAUUUAGCACCACCAGAUCCUGUUAGUGGUAAAUGUCUCAUGGAUCGAGGAGUUUAUUGUCGCGUAGCAAAGAAGUCGGAGCUGAAAGAAAUUGAUAUCCAAUCGGCGCACCGAAACGAAAGUUUUUAUCAAUGUUGCAGUGGAUUUUGUAUUGACUUACUGCAAAAAUUCUCCGAUGAAAUAGGGUUCACUUAUGAAUUAGUCAGAGUCGAAGAUGGAAAGUGGGGGACUCUUGAAAAUGGGAAAUGGAAUGGCCUAAUUGCUGACAUAGUCAAUCGCAAAACCGAUAUGAUAUUAACAUCACUAACUAUAAAUGCGGAAAGAGAAGCAGCAGUUGAUUUUACUGAGCCAUUUAUGGAAACUGGAAUUGCUAUAGUUGUAUCAAAGAGAACUGGUAUUAUUUCACCAACAGCUUUCUUAGAACCUUUCGAUGCAGCUUCCUGGAUGUUGGUGGGAAUAGUGUCUAUCCAUGCUGCUACUUUUAUGAUAUUCAUAUUUGAACGCUUAUCACCAAUGGAAUCAAAUACUAAAAAAAUAAUCCCACAGAAGACUCAUUUUUCAAUAACCAGGUCUUAUUGGUUAGUAUGGGCAGUUCUUUUCCAAGCGUCAGUCCAAGUUGAUUCGCCACAAGGUAACACCGCUAGAUUCAUGACACAUAUGUGGGCCAUGUUUGCAGUUGUAUUUUUAGCUAUAUACACAGCCAACUUAGCAGCUUUCAUGAUUACUAGAGAAGAAUUUUAUGAAUUCAGUGGAGUCGAUGAUCCUCGCCUUGUAAAACCAUGGUCUCAUAAACCGAUGUUGAAGUUCGGUUCAAUUUCCUGGAGUCACACAGAUAGUACAUUAGCAAAAUAUUUUAAAGAAAUGCACUCAUACAUGAGAAAUUUUAACAGAACAAAUGUUUUGAAGGGGAUUGAAUCAGUUAUCAAUGGACAAUUGGAUGCUUUUUUGUACGAUGGAACUGUGUUAGACUAUAUAGUAGCACAAGACGAAGAUUGCCGACUUUUAACUGUUGGUUCUUGGUACGCAAUGACAGGCUAUGGAUUGGCGUUUGCCCGAAAUUCAAAAUACGUCAAUAUGUUCAAUAAACGACUUCUUGAGUAUCGUGAAAAUGGUGAUCUCGAAAGACUAAGAAGAUAUUGGAUGACAGGUACUUGCAAACCUGAAAAGGAAGUUCAAAAAAGUAGUGAUCCACUAGCCUUAGAGCAAUUUUUAAGUGUUUUUUAUCUUCUUAUGGUGGGAAUAUUAUUUUCUGGCAUGCUUCUUAUCAUUGAAAAUCUUUACAUCGAAUAUACUAAGCACAAAAAACCGGAAGAUAAAGAUGGUGGUUGCCGCACGUUAUUAAACUUGGUAACGUUAUUGGUGAAAUACCCAACCACAAUCAUGGAGCUGAUAAUGCUAAUAUUGAAGCAAGAAAAGUUAAAAAAAAAUACGUAAACGUGGCGGUAACAACGAUGAUCCUCCUGGAUCAAUUAUAGGAGAUGUAUUAGCUAAUGUAUCGUCUCCAGUAGUAGCACGUUUACCUAAACUAGUAUCGUUGGCACGAAAUGUCCAGCGUGUACGUAAAGAUAAAGAAGUUGUAUUUGUGGAACCAAAAAAACGUGAAGAAUUGAUAAUACCAGAUGGAUAUUGUAAAACUGGAAAAGGUGAAAAUCUAUUAUACUAUGAUAGUGGUAAUAACAAAUCACGUUAUCUAAUUCUAACUACAAAUUCAAAUUUACAAUGUUUAUCUAAGUGUCAGCAAUGGGCAGGUGAUGGUACUUUUACAUCAGUACCUCCGAUUUUCAAGCAAUUAUACACAUUGCACGGUUAUAAAGAUGGAAAAAUGAUACCAUUAAUAUACAUGUUAUUACCGGACAAAAAUGAGCAAACUUAUAUUAAUGUUUUGACGUUGCUGAAAAAUCGUAUGCCUAAUUUAAACCCCAGAUGCAUUAUGAUAGAUUUUGAGAAAGCCUUUAUAAACGCGUUCAAAUUAGUUUUUCCUCAGUCCGAAGUGAGAGGUUGUCUAUUUCAUUAUAAUCAAGCCGUUUGGAGAAAAUUACAGUCCUUAGGGAUGCAGGGUUCGUAUAAUUCAGACGUACGUUUUGCUUUGAAUAUAAGAAUGUUAUUGGCUCUAGCAUUCGUACCUAUUAAUGAUGUUGGUAAUGCAUUCAGUAAACUUGUUGAAAGUCAAUUUUUCGUUGAUAAUGAAGUUGAGCUUCGCCGCUUACUCGAUUACUUCGAACGUAGUUGGGUGGGAGUUUUAUCACGAAGUGGUAAGAAACGUUUGAAGCCUCAAUAUGAAAUAAGCCUAUGGAAUUGUUACAAUGCAGUAAUUAAUGAUGAAUUACGUACUAACAAUGCUAUUGAAGGAUGGCAUAAUUCCUUCAAUAACAAAGUACGUGUUAUUCAUGCAAGUAUAUGCCGAUUUUUGAAAGCCAUCGUAAAUGAGCAAAGUAUUACUGAAAGUUUGAUCACGCAAGCUAAUACUGGGCUUAGAAUUGCAUCAAAGCGUAGAAGACAGUACUCUAAUAUUAAUGCUCGAUUGAAAAAUAUUGUGUCUUCAUAUGACCCUAAUAAGCAAGUUCAAUACUUACACGAUAUAGCUGCUAUUCUUACGUUGUAGGUUAUGAUUAUAUGUAUAACAUAUUAAUUUGAUUUCGAUAUAUAAGUAUACAUCACUGUUUAAUUAAAAUGAAUUAUAUGAUGUUAAUUUUUCUCAUUAUUUGUAUUAUUAUUAAUAAUUUAUUUUGUUGUUUAUAAUUUAAAUUUUCGAUUUCAUGUGAUUUAAUAUUAAUAAAAACCAUAAAAUAGUUGAUGAUCAAAGAUU